CCCCGCCCCCGCCCCCUCGUGUGACCGGCCGAGCCGGCCCUCUGAGUCUCUAGUAGUUUCCAGGGCGCUGACGCAUGCUUGCGCACACAACCCAGCCUGGCGUGUCGUACGCAGUGGCCGCGAGCCGGGCAGCGGGUGCUAGGCGGUUCCCCUGCGGGGGGCAGGGGCGGGACUCCCGGCAGAGGAGGUGCGGUCCCAGCUGGGUCAGGUUGGGGGUUCAGAUCGGGUUACUAGACUUAGGGGGUUCGGGUAGGGCUCCCCACUCCUGCCGUGAGAUAGCCCUGGGCACCGGCCUGCGGGACCAGAUAAAGGCUGCGAAGGAGCCUAGUCACUGGCCGCAGGCGUGGCUCCCCGGCCCGAUUCCACCUCGAAGUGUCGCCUGCCUGCCCGGGGUUGCGGCCGCACGGAGCUGCGGUGCCUCUGUCGGCCUGACCCCUUCUCUCCCGCAGCCUGGAGGAGGGACGUCUGACGCUGAGUUGCCAUGGCAUCCUACUACGAGAUUCUAGACGUACCGCGGAGUGCGUCCCCUGAUGACAUCAAGAAGGCGUACCGAAAGAAGGCUCUGCAGUGGCACCCAGACAAGAACCCGGAUAAUAAAGAAUUUGCUGAAAAAAAAUUUAAGGAGGUGGCAGAGGCCUAUGAAGUACUAUCUGACAUGGCUCAGAGUGGGUGCUAUGAGCAUGUCUGUCAUAGAGAUGAGCCAGCUGCUGAAACCAUGCCCCCCUGGAUACCCUGCCGUCUCCCAAGUUUCAUUUUCUGACACUCGUCCUAGCCCAAGAGGGGCGAUAACUUUCCUAAAGGGAGGAAUGACCAGGUCUCUUCUUCUAGAGCACAAACGGGAGAUCUAUGACCGCUAUGGCCGGGAAGGGCUGACCGGGGCAGGAAGUGGUCCUUCUCGAUCGGAAACUGGUGGUGCGGGGCCUGGCUUCACAUUCACCUUCCGUAGCCCCGAGGAAGUCUUCCGGGAGUUCUUCGGGAGCGGAGACCCUUUUUCAGAGCUCUUUGAUGACUUGGGUGUCUUCUCGGAGCUUCAGAACCAGGGUCCCCGACUCACGGGCCCUUUCUUCACUUUCUCUUCUUCCUUUCCUGCCAACUCCGAUUUCUCCUCCUCAUCUUUCUCCUUCAGCCCGGGGGCUGGUGCUUUCCGCUCCGUUUCUACGUCCACCACCUUUGUCCAAGGCCGCCGCAUCACCACACGCAGAAUCAUGGAGAACGGGCAGGAGCGGGUAGAAGUGGAAGAGGAUGGACAACUGAAGUCAGUGUCAAUCAAUGGUGUCCCAGAUGACCUGGCACUAGGCUUGGAGCUGAGCCGUCGUGAGCAGCAACCUUCAGUUGCCCCUGGGCUGGGGGUCAUGCAGGUCCGGCCGACCUCUCUCUCUCGUCCCCCUGACCAUGAUCUUUCUGAGGAUGAGGACCUGCAGCUCGCCAUGGCUUACAGCCUGUCAGAGAUGGAGGCGGCUGGGCAGAAGCCAGCAGGUGGGCGGGGGGCACAGCAACGACAGCAUGGGCAGCCCAAGGCCCAGCACCGAGACCUUGACGUGGGGGGCACCCAUAAGAGUGUGAGGGGCGAGGCAGCUAAACUCAGCCCGUCCUCAGAGGAGAAGGCCUCUCGCUGCCACAUUCUCUGAGAACCAGGCAGAGCCUGGACUAAUUCAGAUCCCGACUUGGAGUCCAGCUCACUGUCAGGAGUGCAGAAUAGUGUGGCCCAAGCCGCAGGAUUCCAAACUCUGUCCCUCCACAUGUUUCCCUCCCAGGUCCACCGUUCUGUAGCAUGGGCAGGGAUCUGUUGUACUCUGUCCAGGGCUGAUAGGUCCCUGGGUAAAGCCCAGGAUUUGGGGGGAGGGGGUGGCAUCAGUGCCUGUGGAGCUCAGAGGCACUGGUUGGAUCAGACACUGCUGAAGGACACUAGUGGGUUUGGGGUGGGCCUUUUGUGCCCAAGUCUUUUUCUGCCAUUUAUGUUGCUGAUGCUGUCAAGAAAGGAGGACUUGGCCUGGCAUGCUCUGAACUUGAGUUGGCAACUUUCUCCCAGGGCACAGCGCAGGCCGAGCGAGCGAGCGGAGCCUCUGCUGUCCUUGGCCAGCUGCAGCCCUCCUGGUUUCUGUGUAGAACUAAGCUCUCACCCACCCACCUUCUCGCUCCUCCUCUGGUGCUGCUGUCCUCCCCUCCGCUCUCUGCAACGCCCACCCUUCGGCCGCAACGCUUGCUUUCAUUGCUGCUUGGCUAGGUCUCCCUUCUCCUUUUCUUUGAAGCCCAGGAAGAUGCUGGGGCCAGUGGGUCCAUAAGAUCUUCUGGGGAGGCUAGCUAGGUGGGGUGGAAGCCUCUCAGCCCUCCAGAGUCUCAACCAGAGUCAACUCCUCUUCCCUUCUUGCUGCCUCAGCCUGCCCUGGCCACAGGACUAGGCAGAGGUGAGGCUGGCUAUCCUUGGAGAGGUGGGAUAGGGCCAGGGUGACCCAGAGGGAGGCCUAGGUGGGGAGUGUAUUUGUGCUACCUGCAAAGGAGAGCUUAGGGGCCGGCCACAGGGCUGACCUAGGAGUGCAUGCUCAGCUCCAUCCUCCAUCUGCUUGCAGCUGACCCUCUCUCCUGUCACCCACCCCUGCUCUCUCCCCAGAUGUGUUCUGAGCUGGAUAUCCUGGAUACAGAGUUGCUGCAGUUCCAACAGGACAGCGCCCUCCCCAGUGUGCUAGGAGGGAACACUACAUUCCUCUCCCUCAUUUAUGCUGAGUGUAGAGCUGGGGGUUGGGGUGGUGGGUGGAGACUGAGUGGGAAGCACCUAUAGUCUUAGCCUCUGAACUCUCAUCCAUGGGUUCUUAGCGCUGUCUUUUGCGGACUACAAGUCCCAGAAUGCAAUGCACCCUGGACUUGGCUCUUGUAACACUUAUUCCAGGGGAAGAGCUGCUCAGUUACAAAGCUGAGUUACUUGGGAUAUGUAGUUCCAACCCCGGCCAGUCAGUCACUCUCUGAAUGGGGAGAUCUUGUUUUUCAUUUUGUCCCUGGCAGGGGAGGUGAGAAUUGUAGAUGACCAGAACUUUAGUUCCUAUGGCACUUCUUGCUAGACUCGGGUUGAAGUGAGCAGAUUCCUGUAGCAUCUGAGAGAGUUUGUUUUCCCUUGGGCAACCUGGGGGGUCCGAGGAGUAAGCUAAUGGGGCAGUGGGCUGUGUAGGUAGGGCACGGUCUUGGAUGGAUGCGGGCUGGCAGAACCUGCGUGGGAAAGGAGGCUGCCUUGGCUGGAGUGUGUAUGGCAAGGACUGGCAUGCAGAGGGAGCGUUGGACAUAUUGCUUGAAUGGCUUUCUUUGACCUCUGACCUUGCUGCCCAUUCUUUCUUAUCAUCAAUUCAUCCUCCAUGAGCCACCUGUCCUCCUGCCUGGGGAGCCCAAAGCCGCAUGGGGAUUGGUGGAGCAGGCUAUGGCCGGCCUCUGUUAACACUGAGCCUUUGAGACCCAUCAAAGCAAGAUGAGCUGAGCUCAGACUGAGGGGAAACGGAGGCAAAUAAAGCUGAGUUUUGAGAA